AUCCAGUUUUACGUGGUGUGGGUGAGGAGCCGCCAGCAAUGUGGAGACUAGACGGGUGUGGUGGGCUGGUGGUGGUGGUCCUGGCAGCCUCACGCCCCCAGCCCUCUACCACUGCCGGUCCUGUUGUCCUGCCAACUGACCACUCUGAUGUUACCUCGGCAAUAGAUGACGUCAGCUUCAAAGUGACUCAUUUCCAUAUCAGUCCUCCUAAUCAUCUGAUCAACACUACCUCACCUACAAGAACUAUGCAAAGCGCAUUAUCUACCAGGAAGUUUCCAGCCUCGCUCUUGCUCACUGUUGGCGCCAGAGAGCGAGAGACAAACCUGGUGACUGUUGGUCAGUACUUGACGCCCCUUGAGAAGGAGGAGACCCUGGCAACUAUGUUGAUGACCUUCGUUAACACAGAGUUUGUAAACUGUUCUCUGGUGAUAGUCGCUGACGGGGGUUACAUUAACUCUUCUGCCGUGUAUGAUCUUGUCCAUCUACCUCACGCCAAACAGGUCGUACACUUGAGGAAGGAGGAGGACUUGCGUGGUGUCGUGUGGGAAGUUCCCGGGUGUCGUGGCUACGUCUUCCUCCUACAUGAUCCAGUGCCUCUCCUAUCAUUUGCAGUCACCUCACUCUCCCUCUGGGACUACCAAGGCAGGUAUGUUGUGGUGGGGGCGACCCUUGAGCAGCUGGAGGACCUCACCCGUACCGCGAAGGGCAGGAAGACUGAACACAUCGUGGGAGUCAUCCAGUCUGGUAGGGAAGGGGAGUGGCUGGUAUACAUGAAUCAGCUGUACUGGGGGACAGGUAUGGGCUUGGUCACCUCCUGGAAGAGAGACAACUUCACCACUCGCCGUUCACCCUUCCCGGACAAGACCUCUGACCUCCGUGGCGCUGUGCUUAAGGUGGUGACGUUCGAGUGGGAGCCGAGUACCUUAUACUAUCGGCAGAGGAACGGCUCGGUGCAUCACCUGUAUGGGCGGGACGUGGAGGUGGUGCGUGCCCUGGCUCCCAUCUUCAACUUCACUAUACAGUUCAUAGAGCCACCGAACGGUGAGCGCUGGGGGAUGCGUCAAGAGAACGGAUCUUGGGGUGGCAUAGUCGGGCUGCUGGGUAGAGGCGAGGCAGACAUGGCCAUCGCAAACUUGUUCAUCAAUACCCUGCUGGGCCGAGACCAGUUCCAGGCCUACAGCACCGCCUUUGACACUGACCAAAGUUGUCUGAUGAUCAGGACUGAGCCGCCACUGCCACAAUGGCAGUCACCUAGUCUGCCCUACACCCUGGAGACGUGGCUCGCCCUCUUGGUGGGUCUUAUCCUCAGUGGCCCCGUCCUCUGCCUCCUGGCCAGGGCAGCUGUGGCCAGCACGGAGGCGGCGGGUAAUGAGUCGAUGGUAUCCCUGACGGUCGCCUAUUCGGACGCCUUGAGAAUUCAUUUCCAGGAGAGCCAGCCUCGCCUGCCUCGCCGCCACAGCCUUCGACUCCUACUUGGCUUCCUGCUGAUCUACGCCAUCAUCCUCCGCAUCGCUUACUCCUCUAACCUGACGGCCUUCCUCACCGUCACGAGGCGACCCGCGGGAAUACAGACACUGAAACAGCUUUAUGAAUCUCCACUCCUCCUAUUUGAAGCCUCAACCUUUCUAAAGGACAGUUUGUUGCAGUCACCCAAUCCUUAUCUCAGGGGUCUGGCAGAGAGACAUGUUGUGGUCAGAGACAUGACCGACAUUAUCCGUGAAAUUAUUAAGGGGCGAGGCGUGUUCAUCCAGAACCGCAGCGCCAUGGAAUUCCUCACCAAUACUCUCCUAGCUUCUUCCAGCAGAGCCGUAGGUGUACGUAUGGUCAAGGAGUGUUACGCCUUCUUCAACGUCGCCGUCGGCCUCCCAACUAACUCGCCUCUCAAAUCCAGCUUAGACCGAGUUAUAAGAUGGAUAUUCGAGAGUGGUUUGGUGAGACUCUGGAAACAAGAGUCUUACAGUCUUAAGAAAAAGAACAAGAAGGAGUUGAAGGGAGAUGGAGCCAGUGAGUCUGACACGAUGGAAGCGAUCAUUACCAGUGACAUGGGUCAGGGUGGCUUAGUACCCCUCAGCCUCGACCACACCCAGAGUAUCUUCUACGUCCUUCUCUUCAGCUACUUAUUAUCAGCUCUCAUGUUCCUCGGAGAGUUAACCUUUGCUAGGAAGAUGUGACUCACUACAGCUUCUCUGAUCGUGUGAAGAUUACCCCCCCACGCCCCCCCCAGCUUAUUUCACUAGAUUAGACACUCCAAUACUAAUUUAACCUUUACAUACUUAAUAACGUUAUAAAAAAUAAUAAACAGUUCAUCACAGCUUGAGUGACGUAUGCAUUCUUCUAGUGUAUUAUUACCAGAAUCAGAUCUUUAAGGAAGGGUGGAUGGUGGAGUAUGACACAAAGGACUGAGUAAAGAUGGUGUAACAGCGAAGGGAACUCUGUGAACACAAACAUGAAAGGCGACUGUAAAUACAAACAACAAAGAACUGGGAAAACACAAACAACAAUGGACUCGGUAAACCCAAACAGCACUAGACUCUGUAAACAUUUCACUACAGUACCACAAAAUACGUAAAUCUACAAGUUAGGUUCAUCUCUCCCUCCUCUAAAUUCCUUUCUAAUGACAGACGAGUUUCAUUAACAACAUAACUUCAAUACAGAAAGGAAAUACAUCAAGAACAACACAAAAUAGUAACAAAGCUGAAACAUAUUCACUCUAGGAAAGGAAAUGUAAGUAGGGGAAGGGGGAGGGGGGUGGUCAGUGUAAAUGAUGAACGUUUGAAGGUCAACAAAUCCGGUUAGUAUGGGAAAGGACAGAACUGCCGACUGCUUUCACGAUUAUAUUGUUUGUUAUUUAUCCCGUCAAUUGUAUUUCUAUCAAAUUAAAAAUAUUAAUUGAGAAUAAACUAAAAUAAAUUGUUCUUGGCGCUGGCGAGAAAUUAUCUACAUAAAGACAAAAUCUUUACAGGAAAUAAAAUCGUAACUGAUAACUUAAACACCUGAGAAUACGUUUUAGGCACAACCAGCGGAUAUAGUGAUGUAUAAUACCAUCAGACCGUGGCGUGAAGCACAAGUGUCAGGCCACAGUCUCGGUAACACCGUCUCUCCUAGUAACUGUAUAUACGUGGCUAACAUCUCCCCACAACUCGACCAUGAUGAAGAAGAGUUUAGUGUUUGUGGUUGUGGUGUGCCUCGCCCUCACUGUGGCAGCCAAGCGUCAACCGUUCGAAGAUUUCAACAGAUACACCAUUGCCAGACUAUUUGUCGAGAUGCCCUGCCGCGAGUGUUACACCCGUUUGACCAAUGGCAAGUGUGUGCGGAACUGGUCCAAGCGAUGCAACCCUAAAAGACCAGUAGUACAGCACGUUUAGGAUGGCCACGCAGGAAGGGCUGAGGCUUCGUUAAGAGCAUUCAAGCAAGGGUAGAGGCUCACUCUAUUAAGACUUAUAAGACUCAGCAAUUUUUGUAUCUUAUGAUCAAGAGAGAAUAAAACUGGAAUAUUGAA